AUGGCUCCCCGUUCUCAGAUUGAGAUUGUUACCUCUUCGGUCAUCCGCUUGGUGAAGGAGGAGGCUUCCUACCACCGUGAGCUGGAACAGCAGACUGAGCGUAUCAAGAAGCUCGAGUCUAACCAGGACGGUGAUGACGAGAACAAGGAGUUCCUCGCCAAACAGGAGCACUUGGCUUUGGAGGAGACCAAAAAGGUCCUCCCCUCUCUCAAGAAGAAGAUUGUGGAGUCCGUGAAAGAGUUGCAGGCCUUGAUUACCGAAGAGGGCAAGAAGGGUGCUGAGAGCAACGUGGCACACAUCACUGCUGCCAAAGACGCUAUUGCUAAGGCUCUGACUGCUGAGCGCGAGAUUUCUUAG